AUGGAGGUCGCGCACCACCGACGUCGGGUAGUAGUAUCCAGCCUGGCUGCGCCGCGCUGCCUGCAAGAAGUCACAGGAUCUCCGGGCGGAGGGUUCCAGCAGGCGAACUGGCCGCCAGCAGGCAGGCACGACAAGACCGCAGCAGUCAGGCUCUACAGCAGGCACCGCAGGUGCACCCGACUGACGGGGCCGAGUGUGACGCUGAACCUGGAUUCCUGGGUCUGCGAGGCAUAUCCAGCUGCUGCGGAUCGUGCAGCCAGGACGGAUUGGGGCGGCGGCGUUGCCCAAGACGGAAAGGCGUGCCCGAGGCGCCGGGCUCUCCGCGAGCCCGUAGGGCAGGAGCAAAUGCAGUCAGAGAGGGACGGCAUGGGCCCGUCAGCUCGACGACAGGCCGGAUAA